AUGCAAGACGAUAAACAAUCAUCUAUAGUCCGUCCAAAAGCUGUACCACCUAUGUUUACACCUGUUUUAACACCAAAUUCACAAUCAUCAUCAUCAUCAUCAACAAUGCAUAGUACAACUAAUCGAUUAUCACAACAAGCUCUUACUGAAAUAGGUACAAUGAUUCGUAAACAUGAUCGAGAUGCAUCACGUUUAUAUGAUUGUAUUGGUCAAGUUAAAGUUUUUUCAUAUAAUUCAAAUGAAUUACGUUGGGAAAAUUCACCUAAUAUUGAAGGUAAUUUAUGUGUCUAUGAAAAACAACAAAUAAUAAAUAAUAAAACAUGUCCAUCAUAUGCAUUUGCAAUUAUUAAUGGAGAUAAAUAUCUUAUACAACCAAUAACAUCGGAUAUGGUACAACAUGCUGAUAAAUUACGUUUAUUUUAUGAAGUUGCUCGUAAUGAUCGUCGUGAAGUUUUUUGUUUACAUUUUUUAACUGAAUCUGAAUGUCUUCGAUUACAUACAUUACUUACUCGAUGUAUUCACGCUAUACGAACUAUUGAAGAACAACAACAACA